CGGGAGCGGCGUUUUGGCGCCGAAUGCGAAGCGGGUGCGGGGGGAGCGGCGAGCGCGGCCGGUGAGCGCGGAGCGGAGCGGGGCCGAGCGGAGCAGAGCAGCCCGCCCGCCAUGGCGGCGGUGCCGCAAAACAACCUGCGGGAGCAGCUGCGGCUGCACUCGGCCCGCAGCGCCCUCAGCAAAGUGCCGCCUGCGCGCAGCCGGCCCGCGGCCUUCACCUUCCGUAAAACGCACAGCCCGGCCGCUGGGCCCGCGGCGCUGCGCGACAAGGACGUAAACACCUCGCUGGGCCCUGGGGGCGCCGCCAGGCCCAAAGAGCUCCGUGCGGGGCCGCUCGGGAGCCGCCCGGCGCUGCCCGGACCCGCGGGGAGCUCUGGGCCCGUCCCUGGGGCCCCGCCGUGCCCCGUGCCCGUGCCGGGCCCCGCUGCCUCCGUGGGCGAUGAGUGGGACGACAUGGACGACUUCGACCUGUCCGGCUUUGAGAAGAAGUUCUCCAGGCCGGCCGUGCUGUCCCCGAAGGGGCCAAGGACUCCACAGGGGCCUGGUCUGUGUGUCAGCAAGGCGCGAGGUGGUGCAGGGCCCCAGGAGCGUGGGGCCAAGGUGCACUGCUCACAGGGCUCCUCGCAGGGCUCCAUCAUCUGUGUGGGCGACACCAGAGCCCCCACUGCUGCCGUGGUUUUGGACAAUGAGAGGGAAGAGGCUCAUGCAGCUACGAAUGAGAGAAGUGGUGAAAGCCAGGAGCUAAGUAAUGGUGAGAAGAGCAGCCGGCUGGAACUGGACGAGGUUGGCAACGAGCUGCUGGCAGACAUUGAGCUCGAAGAGGAUGAUUACUUGGAUGUAGUUCCACCCUCUCCUGAGGAAGAGCUGCCUUCCUUCUCACCGUCUGUAAGAAGUGUUAGUAAUAUCUUUAAAGAAUCUCCUACUGAUCGAAGAUCAAUGGUUCACGGCACGGAGUCUGAGCCUGAGCUGACUGCACCAAAGCAGCCUGCUGCUGAGCGGGACCCUAGUGCAGAGCAUGCAGAUAAAGGCUUGCAUUUGGAACAGCAACUCUACAGCGUCAUGGAAGGUAUUUGUAAGCUGGUGGAUGCCAUUCCAAUUCAUGAGCUUACGUCUGUCUCAUGUGCAAAAGAACUUCUUCAGCAGAGAGAGCUCCGGAGAAAAUUGUUAGCUGAUUCUGCUGCUUUGAACACAAUUAGCACAAACGUUUUUCCUAGAAAUUGGAAAGCAUGUGCUCAGCAAGACCCUUCCUCACGUCCUGGUACGCCUCUGUGUUCCGGCCCUGGUCGGGGUGUGAGUUCUGUUGGCAGCACACCGAAAUCCACAAACCUUCCGUCUGUGCUUUCCAGGACUGUUAAUUCAAACUGUUUGUCUACAACAAAAAAUCAGACACUUGAUAACUUGGAUACUUCCUGUGCUUCGAAGGAAACUGAUCAGGAGGUCAUCUGCCUGGAAGCUGCAGCACUUUCUUCCCCCCGGGUGAAUGGCAGAGGCAGCGCCAAUCUCAGCCGUCCCUCGGAGGCAUCAUUCAAUGGCAGCUGGUGCGAAAAACCUGCAAGGAGAGACAGUGGGAACUGGCAUCUGCCCGAGAGGCCCCCUGCAAGCAGUGCUCUGAAAGCCCAGCACAGAGCCCCUGCUGGCGCUCCCGCAUCGGGCUGCUCGGAUGUGAAUGAUACAGACUUUGAUCUCGAUCACUUUGAUAUUGAUGAUUUCGAUGAGGGUUGGGAGGAUGCGGCCGCUGCGGUGGCACCCGAAGCGCCGCCUGCGCCCCUGAGGCAGCCGCUCAGGGAAGGCCCUGCCUCUCUGCACUGCAGGCUGCUCCCUGCGCCCGCUGGGUCUGCCCCGGGCUCACAUCCCACUGCUCCAAAAUCGAGCUGCGGGAUCGCGGCAAAGAACCGCUCAGAGCCACUGGUUCAUAACCCCGCACACGAACGUUUCAGGGGGAUGAAAUUUUCCCAUUCUGAAGAAAUGUUGAAAACGUUUCACAGAAAGUUUGGUUUGCACUCUUUCCGGACAAAUCAGCUGGAGGCCAUCAAUGCUGCUCUUCUGGGAGAAGACUGCUUCAUCUUAAUGCCCACUGGUGGUGGUAAAAGUUUGUGCUACCAGUUACCAGCGUGUGUCUCUGCUGGAGUCACUGUUGUCAUUUCUCCCCUGAGGUCACUGAUAAUAGACCAAGUUCAGAAGCUGAAAACCUUAGAUAUAGCUGCAACGUACCUGACUGGUGAUAUAACAGAUGCUGAUGCUUCAAAGAUAUAUAUGCAGUUGUCAAAAAAAGAUCCUAUAAUAAAGCUCCUGUAUGUUACCCCUGAGAAGGUUUGUGCAAGCAACCGACUGCUGUCAGCCCUGGAAAAUCUCUACGACCGGAAACUCCUAGCGCGUUUUGUCAUUGACGAGGCCCACUGUGUUAGCCAGUGGGGUCAUGAUUUUCGAAAAGACUACAAACGACUGAAUAUGCUCCGCAAGAAGUUUCGCGCUGUUCCUAUGAUGGCUCUCACUGCCACCGCUAACCCAAGAGUGCAAAAGGAUAUUCAGAAUCAGCUGGAGAUGCUGAAACCACAAGUGUUUACAAUGAGCUUCAACAGGCAUAACUUGAAAUAUGAUGUAUUGCCCAAGAAGCCAAAGAAGGUGGCAAUGGAUUGCUUGGAAUGGAUUAAAAAAUACCAUCCACAUGACUCUGGGAUAAUUUAUUGCCUUUCCCGACACGAGUGUGACACGACAGCGGCCAUUCUGCAGAAGGAAGGUCUUGCUGCACUUGCCUAUCAUGCUGGCCUCACUGACUCCAACAGAGAUCUGGUACAAAAGAAGUGGGUUAAUCAAGAAGGAUGCCAGGUUAUAUGUGCAACAAUUGCCUUUGGAAUGGGGAUAGAUAAACCCGACGUACGCUAUGUCAUCCACGCUUCCCUUCCGAAAUCUAUCGAAGGCUACUACCAGGAGUCCGGGCGGGCGGGCCGGGAUGGGGAGAUGUCCCACUGCCUGCUCUUCUACAGCUACAGCGAUGUCACCAGGCUCAGGAGGCUCAUUCUGACGGAGAAGGAUGGAAACAGUCACACGAGGCAGACCCACUUCAACAACCUGUACAGCAUGGUGCAUUACUGCGAGAACGUAGUUGACUGCCGGAGAAUUCAGCUUCUGGCCUACUUUGGGGAAACUGAUUUUAAUCCUAACUUUUGUAAAGAUCACCCGGAAGUUAUUUGUGAUAACUGCAGUAGGAAGAAGGACUACAAAUCAAGAAAUGUAACCGAUGAAGUGAAAAGCAUCAUAAGAUUUGUACAGCAACAUUGUGGACAAAUGGGAGGAAUAAAUGGAAGUAGAAAUACAGGCUCUGGAAGAUACACGCUGAAUAUGAUGGUAGACAUUUUCUUGGGUGCAAAGAGCGCGAAGAUCCAGUCUGGAAUAUUUGGGAAGGGCGCUGCCUACUCACGCCACAACGUUGAAAGGCUGUUCAGAAAGCUGGUCUUGGACAAGAUCCUGGAUGAAGACCUGUACAUCACAGCUAAUGACCAAGCUGUGGCCUACGUAGUUCUAGGAGAGAGAGCGCAGGCGGUGCUAAAUGGGUUGCUACAGGUGGAAUUUCAUGAAACUGAAAAUGCCAGUGCCAUUAGAAAGCAAAGGGCUUCUGUGACAAAAAUGUCACAGCGGGAAGAGAUGGUUAAAAAGUGCCUUGGGGAACUUACAGACACCUGCAAAACUCUUGGGAAGAUCUUUGAUGUCCAUUACUUCAAUAUUUUCAGUACUUCAACUCUAAAGAAAAUAGCAGAAACCUUGUCUUCUGAUGUGGAGGUUUUGCUGCAGAUCGAUGGUGUCACAGAAGAUAAACUGGAGAAAUAUGGUGCAGAAAUCAUAAAAGUGAUGGAUAAGUACUCGGAAUGGGCAACGCCAGAAGAUGCUGCCUGCCAGAGUGUGGACACAGCCCCGGGGAGCGCUGGCACGCCUGGGAGUGAGGAAGAAACAGAAGAUGACAUUGUGACCUCGAGCUAUUUUGGCGGCAACGCAAACCAAAGAAGGAAGAGGAAAAAGGUGCCAAACUUCAGAGAAUCCAAGAGGAAAAAGACGAGCAGUGGCAGCAGCCAGCAGUUUCAUUCCAAAGGGGGCAAGUACAGGCGGAUGCGAAGGGCGCCCAGCUCCAGGGCUGCAGCUGCUGCACGGCUGGGCCUCAUGGCACCGCCCAAGCCAAGCAGGAGGCAGUUCCUGCAGCCUUCCUACGCCGUGCUGUAGCGAGGGACGCGGAGGUGCUGCACGGGAGCGUGCCGUGAGGAUGCCGCCCUGGGUUAGUAAUCUGUAUUUCAUUUGGCGAACCUUCUUAGAUUUGUACAUUUGUCAAGUCCGAAAGUUCACAUUAAAUAAAUAUUUUUAAACUCA